GUCCUCAAUAACCCUUACCGCUAGAUUGUAACACGAUGUAGGCUAAGUUGUAGUGAAUUUGUUCGGAAUACGCGCAACCCUUACUGACGUGACUGUCGCAGCUCAUGCUGGGAGCACAGACGGAGGGUGGGAGUUUCAGUGCGCAAGUGCUUGGAGGAGAGAGAGUCGCUCGUUACUUCUCUUGUAAACCAAACUUUCAGACGUCGUUCCUGAGCUUCGUACUGGGGCGAAUGAGGAUUCUGCUUUGUUGAUUUGGAGUAGGCUACGCAUGUCGUUGGACAGAGAAUAUUAGGGUUACUGCUUCUUUAAGUUCUUUUUUGGGAUGGGCUAUUUUCAUAACGUCAUUUCAUUCCUCCCUCUUUUUCAUUUUCUCAUUCUUUGAUUCUUACUCCCCACAUUUCCUAAAUGGAACAGAUUAUCCGACCCUCCACAUUGUCUUGCUUUCAGAAUUUUUAUUCAAACUUUUUAGUUUUACAUUCCUCAUUUUCGGCAACUGACUUUUUCUGGCGUCACGUUAUUUUCGGAGGGCAGAUAUUUUAACGGACGUAAACUGGAGGUGGCGAUGGUGGAAGUGUUGAUGAUGAUGGUGAUGAUGAAAAUGAUCUGUGAAAAAUGAUCCACUAACUUGUCUGUCUUUGCCACUUGCCAAGUCAUACGCUCCUUUUCACCAUGAUGUAUUCACCCCUCUGUCUAACUCAGGAUGAGUUUCAUCCGUUCAUCGAGGCCCUACUGCCGCAUGUGCGUGCCUUCGCCUACACCUGGUUCAACCUGCAGGCGCGCAAGCGCAAGUACUUCAAGAAGCACGAGAAGCGCAUGACCAAGGACGAGGAGCGCGCGGUCAAGGACGAGCUGCUCGGCGAGAAGCCCGAGGUGAAGCAGAAGUGGGCCUCGCGCCUGCUGGCCAAGUUGCGCAAGGACAUCCGGCCCGAGUGCCGUGAGGACUUUGUGCUGACCAUCACGGGCAAGAAGGCACCCUGCUGUGUGCUGUCCAACCCCGACCAGAAGGGCAAGAUGCGGCGCAUCGACUGCCUGCGGCAGGCCGACAAGGUGUGGCGCCUGGACCUGGUCAUGGUCAUCCUCUUCAAGGGCAUCCCGCUGGAGAGCACAGACGGUGAGCGGUUGGUCAAGGGUGGCCACUGCGCAAACCCCAUCCUGUGUGUGCAGCCGCGGCACAUCAGCGUCUCCGUCAAGGAGCUGGACCUCUACCUGGCCUACUUCGUGCAGGAGAGAGAGUCAGAGCAGAGCAGUAGCCCCCGCACCGGCAUCGGAUCUGACCAGGAGGAUAGCAGAGCCCCCACCAUGGAUGCUCCUGAGUUUCAGGACAGCUUUGUGACGUCUGGGGUUUUCAAUGUAACAGAACUGGUACAGGUGUCAAGAACUCCGGUGGUGACAGGAGGGGGUCCUAACUUCUCCCUGGGGGAGCUACAAGGGCACCUGGCUUACGACCUCAACCCAACAGGGGUGGGCAUGCGGAGAACUCUGCCCAGCACCUCCUCCAGUGGGAGUAAGAGGCAUAAGUCGGGCUCCAUGGAGGACGACAUUGACACCAGCCCUGGAGGGGAGUACUACACUUCACCCAACUCCCCCGCCAGCAGCUCCCGCAACUGGCAGGACGAGAUGGAGGGAGGGAUUUCCCCCACAGUGAAGAAGACAGAGAUGGAUAGUCCGUCUCCCCAGGAGAGCUCCCCUCGCCUUGGCUUCACCCAGCACCACCGGCCUGUCAUCGCAGUGCACAGUGACGGUCUGUUCCCCCACCCCUUUCUUUCUCCAGGCAUCAGCAGGAGUCCGCACCCCUCCUCGUCUUUGCACUUCCCCACCGGGCCGCUGCUGCCCCAGUCGGCCUCCUCCUACUUCCCGCACACGGCCAUCCGCUACCCGCCACACCUGGGCUCACAGGACCCGCUCAAGGACCUCGUCUCCCUGGCCUGUGACCCAUCCAACCAACAGCCCAGCCCGCUGAACGGCAGUGGCCAAGGGAAGGUGCCCAGUCACUACAUCUCGUCCCAGAUGCUGGCGCCCCCGCCGCCCCCCGGCAUGCCCCGUCUGACGUUGCCCCCCGACUCCAAAUCCGGCACAACCACCGCAGAAGGAGGAGCCAGUUCUCCCACGUCACCCACAUACUCUGCUCCAGGGACGCCACCUGCCAACCGCUCCUUCGUAGGCAUCGGACCUCGGGACCCUGGUCUCUAUCAGGCACAGUCCUGGUACCUGGGCAACUGAUGGACACAUGGACAGAGGCCACAAGCAUGAGCUUGGAUUUCAGAUUCAUCACUUUGUGGAAUUCAGAAAAAUAAAAAAUGUAAAGAAGAUGCAAGAGGGAAAAAGUAUAUACAUAUAUAUGAGGUAUAUGUAUAUA